CGAUACACUUUCAAUAAAAAAAUGUUUAAAUAAUUGUUAUUUAUUUUGAUAAAUUACUCAAAAACGAUUAAUAGACGCAAACACGGCACUUUUGAAACGUAUGUUGGUCAUAACAGCUUUCUCGUCAACUCACAGCUGCUGUAAAUAGCAGCCAUUUGCUGCUGCUGACACAACAAGAAGAAGCAGAGGCUGGCAGGCAGGCAGGCAGCAACAACAACGACAACAGCAUUUCGACAGAAAAUUGUUGCGUAUCGUCUUUUUUAAUUUCUUUUGGCAGCAGCAGAAGACACCGUACCAUUUUCGUACAAUCAGAGUGAACAAAUCAUAUGUAUAACUUAUGUCUGAUAAAAGUGCUAAGGAAUCCUGUAUCAGUCGUAGUGCGAGCUGCAGCAGCAGGCGAAAGAGAAGAAAGUGAAUUCGAGCAGCAGGGAGGAGUCGUCACCCCAAGAAAGCAACAAAAAUCUAUUUCCCAUCGGCCUUAGGUGCGCGCAACGUGUUCCGCUCUGCGAUUCCACAAAAGAGAAGUCAAAUAAUCAGCUGUGUUAAACAAUGUCCCAUGGCGAGGAUGUGCUAGACAAUUGGGAAGAACUUGACGAGGCGGGGCUCUCGAUGACUCUGCAAACCAAGCUGCAGACGAGCGAGGAGAAGCCUGUUAUCAAAAUGAAACUUCUACAGCGUCCGCAGAGCCUGCAGGACAGCCCUGGCAAUGCUGCACCCAAGCAAAUCACCAUUGCCAAGAAGCCCUCGCCGCCCGAGGCCCAGCCUGAGGGCGAACCAGUCAUGAUGGUGCUGCACAAGUCGACAAAUGACUAUGAUCCGGCUACCUAUGCCACGCCCACCAUCAAUCAGACCGUGAAAAUUCUGCGACGCCCCGCCCAGGCCGAGGAGCGACGAGAUACGAAUGGCAUGAAACCCAAGCAGCCCAUCAAGACACUAAAGCAGCGCGAACAGGAGUAUGCAGAGGCCAGAUUGCGUAUCCUGGGUGCGGCCAAGAAUCCCGAGGAUGAUAAGCCACCAACGCCCCCAACACCAACUGGUGGCAGCCUUUUGGCCACGCCACAGCAGGCUACACCUGCGGGAAACCACUCAACUCUACCUGCUGUCAGCCACAACAAUAACAACAACAAUAACAUUAGUAAUCCUGGUCCUGGUGCUGGCAUGCAUCGCUCUAGUUCGGCCCCAAAGAUGUCCCAAGUGUCGGCCAUGUACAAUAACUACAACAGCUACUUCCAAGGGCCUCACAAUCCGGGCCUGAACUAUUAUUACCAGCAUGCCGGACCCCUGCCACCACAGCAGCAGCCGCCAAACAUGCCGCCGCAUUUCAACCAACGCAUGCCACCGUAUGUGGGUGGAGGCAUGGGCAUGGGUGGAAUGCCAUCCCAACCUCCGCCACAGUCGGCGGUCAAUCAGCAGCAGAGCUGGUCGCCCGUGGUCGGAGGCAGUGUUUCCGCUGCCCUGUUGCGCCAGCAGUCAAUGCAGCAGUCACCGCAGCAGCACCAGCAUCAGCCACCACCGCAAGCCUACAAUGACAACGUCUUGCGCCUGCCGAGGGGACCCUGUCCGAAUGGCUCUGUUGGCUUUCAGAUGCGCCGGUAACAGAUUGCAUGAGCAGCAGCCGAAGCAGAUGGAACGAUGGGAUGUGGUUUAAAUAUAUUUCAAUAAAUUCUACUCAUCCUGGUGUAUAGAUUCCGAAAGUUUGUAAAAAGAAAUUCAAAUGCGAGCGUGUCCCAUCUGAGAUUUAUGUGUCGUCAUGCAUGUGCGGACUCUGUGGUUCGUCCGCAGGCGAAGCAAGCAUCAAACAAAAACAAAACAAAAUUAUAUAAAACAAAUUUUAUGACAAAGUAUGGAAGAUAUUUUCUAAACUUACAACUCCCCCCAACCCCCAAUUUUUGUAUAAUGUCAUACUAAUAAAAGGAAAUCCUUA